AUGGCAGCUGCCCCAGACAUGGACCCCGAGGCGGAGUGCAGCAUGGACAUCAUCGUGGUGGGUUCCAGUGAGCAGUCGCCCACCCCUUCGCCCGAGCCCCGCAGAGAUCUGAUUGCAUAUGAAGUCAAGGUUAACCAGCGAGCCAUAGAAGAGCUGUGCAUCUGCUGUGGGAGCUUCCAGGUGUGCAGGCAGCACCCCCUGUUCGAGGGCGGGAUGUGCUCCCCCUGCAAGGACAAGUUCCGGGACUACUUCUUCCUGUACGAUGAGGACGGGUACCAGUCCUACUGCUGCAUCUGCUGCGCGGGACAGACGCUGCUCAUCUGCGAAAACCCCGACUGCGCGCGGUGCUACUGCUUCGAGUGCGUGGACACCCUGGUGGGGCCCGGGACCUCGGGGAAAGUUCAGGCCAUGAGUAACUGGGUGUGCUUCCUGUGCCUGCCCUCGCCCCGCAACGGGCUGCUGCAGCGCAGGAGGAAGUGGCGGGAGCGGCUGAAGGCCUUCUAUGACCAGGAUCCGGAGAGUCCCCUUGAGAUGUAUAAAACGGUGCCUGUGUGGAAGAGAGAGCCAGUCCGCGUGCUGUCCCUUUUUGGGGACAUCAGGAAAGAGCUGACGAGUUUGGGCUUUUUGGAGAGUGUUUCUGGCUCAGGAAGACUGAAAUAUCUGGAUGAUGUUACCAACGUGGUGAGGAGGAACGUGGAAGAGUGGGGCCCGUUUGACCUCGUGUACGGCUGCACACCUCCCCUCCGCCAGGCCUGUGACCACCCUCCAGGCUGGUACCUGUUCCAGUUCCACCGCAUCCUGCAGUACUCGCAGCCCCGGCCCGGCGGCGCACAGCCCUUCUUCUGGAUGUUCGUGGACAACCUGAUGCUGACCGAGGACGACCGCGUCAUCGCCACACGCUUCCUGGAGACAGACCCCGUGACCAUCCUGGACACCUGCGGCAGAGCCGUCCGGAACGCCGUGCAUGUGUGGAGCAACAUCCCGGCCGUGAAGAGCAGGCAUUCGGCCCAGGUGCCCCCCGAGGAGCUGUCCCAGCUGGCCCAGGACCGGCAGAGAGCACGGGCCGCUGCCCCCGGGCCGGCCUCGCUGGUGAAGAAGUGUUUCCUCCCACUUCGAGAAUAUUUCAAGUAUUCAACCGAACUCACUUCCUCUUUAUAA